GUAAAACUUGUUUGAACACCAGGAAGGCAGGAGGAGAACCGCUUGCAGGCUCGACAGUGCAAGCGGAAAGUCAGCAGAAGAAGCCGUUCCGGCAGCUCAGCGCACGAGGGGUCUGCGCGCCCGCGCGCACCUUGGAGCCGGAGGGGGUCCUCUCUGUCCAAUAGCCCGAGAGCAUCGGGGGAAAGCCUCCCCGUCAAUCCAGGUGAGUGAUAGGCAGCUAGCUGUUAGAGUUAGCAAGGAGCCAGGGUGGUGCGGAGAGGAAGCCAGGCGCUGGGUGACAUAGGCAAGGGAACGAUCCAGGAUGGGGGCGGAGCAAGGGAGGGACACUCAGGGAACCAGGAAGGACAUUAGGACAACCUGGGAGAGACACCCAUCAUCAUCUUCGUCACCAUCAUUUUUCCCUAUCUGGAAUCACAAGGGACAGCAUCUGCUUGGACUGCGGGCGCCCUCAAACUUGGGAUCUUGUUUUUCACUUAUCUGUGGUCUCUUUUCCUGGGAUUGACUGAAGACCCAGGCGCCGGGGUCACCCCCUGCCCUCCACCCCAAGAAACUGAAGGUUUUGCUUUGGGACAGAUCCCCCCUCCCUACACCCCCGGAGUGACAAAGCCCAGAGGAAAGUGAGUGUCAAGAAGUGUUGACCUUGGAUUAGUGGGGAAGGUUGUGUGGCUUUUUUUUCCCCUGGGGAGGAAUAGGGAGCAAUGUGCUUGUUAUUGUCGUUUUUCUGGCUUUGUUUUCUCUCCAAAUGGAGGCAUUUUGCCUGCUCCCCUGUAGUCAAGUUUAAAUUUGGGGAGAGGGGCAGGAAAGGGCAAGCAAUAGGGGGCUAGUCCCCCCCUCCAAUGUUUGGAAUCUUAUCAAAUAAAGGCUAAAAUGACUUUCAGGACAGACUGAAAGAAUCUGAAAUGGUGGGAAGCUGGUGGAAGCCAACUUUUUUCUUUCUUUUUGAACUGUGAUAAAACUUUCCAUUGGUGCACGGAUUGUUUGUGAGAUUUGCAAACACCAUGGGGGGGGAAUUCCAUAUAGGAAUUGGGGUGUGUGUGUGCAGAGGUUAAGCGUGUCAGUUCUAUGGUACGCAAGAAGGGUCUCAAAAUAUGGGUUGUGGAAAGGGAUUGUUUUUAGAAGCGAGUGGGAGUGCUUUUCCUGGAAACGUUAGGACCUGGUGUGUGUUUGUAUCACUUGGGUGGUGCAGAUAGGGGUUAAUUUUGGAGGGGUUGAAGAUCAAGAGCGUGCCAGGUACAGGGAAAAGGUCACCGGUGUUGCGCCAUAAGGAAGUGGGGUUGGACGUGAACCAGAAUAGGAUCUUUCCUGCUUGUCUGGUGCAGUGUACACACUAUACCAUGGGUAGGCAAACUAAGGCUGGAUCCGGCCCAAUCACCUUCUAAAUCUGGCCUGCAGACGGUCUGGGAAUCAGCGUGUUUUUACAUGAGUAGAAUGUGUGCUUUUAUUUAAAAUGCAUCUCUGGGUUAUUUGUGGGGCAUAGGAAUUCGUUCAUUUCCCUCCCCCAAAAUAUAGUCCAGCCCCCCACAAGGUCUGAGGGACAGUGGACUGUCCCCCUGCUGAAAAAGUUUGCUGACCCCUGCACUACUUGCACCACUUCCUGCACUUGGCAGAGAGUCCUGGGAGCUGUAGUGUACUCUCUGCAGUGCUAUAAUUCCCAGCACCCACAACAAGCUACAGUUUCAAGGAUUCUUUAAUGGGGUGGGGGGAUGUACUUUAAAUACACAGCAAAAAUCAGGUCAGUGCAGCCAAACCCUUAUGUUGUACUCCACUGUUAGUUUAUGGCAGGCGUGGGCAGCCCAUGCCCAAAUGUUAUAUGGCCCUCGGUCUGAUUUUGGAAGCUUCUUUGCAAGUGGUCAGCUCAGACCUCUGACAAGUGCAAUCUGGCCUUCCCCUGGACAUUCACUGGAUGCGGAGGGGUGAGAGAGAAGGGGUGGCAAAAGGGGUACCCCUGCCUCCACUGGCUUUGGCCCUGUCCACAGUUGACAUGCAGCCCCCUACAAGGGGAAUGCACAGCCUCCAACAUUUCUCCGAUGAAAAUAGGGACGUCCUAUUCAACAACAACAACUAUUAUUUUAUACCCUGCUCAUCUGACUGGGUUGCCCUAGCCACUCUGGGCGGCUUCCAACAUAUAUAAAAACAUAAUAAAAUAUUAAACAUCGGAAAACCUCCCUAUAGCAGGGCUGCCUUCAGCUGUCUUCUAAAGGUUGUAUAGUUAGUUAUCUCCUGGACUUGGGAGGGUCUCAUAACUCCAUACCCUCCAGCUUUUCUCUGAUGAAAACAGGGAUAUUCUAAGGAAAAGAGGGACAUUCCAGAAUCAAACAGAAACCAGGAUGGCUUCUGUAAAUCCGGGACUGUUCCUGGAAAAUAGGGAUGCUUGGAGGGUCUAGGAAUGCGGCCAUCGGCUCUGACCCACCUCUGCUGUCAAAGGCAACAUGGCACUGAAUGCCAGUUGCUGGAAAUGGCAAGUGGGAGAAAGCAAUGUCCCAUUUUCCCCAGGAGUGGGGGGCCUUGCAAUGACGAAAGCACACGGUACACAGUUAAACAUGGAAAUCGCUCUGAUGGCUUUGAAAGAAGACUAGACGGAUUCAUGGAGGAGAAGGCUUAUCAGUGGCUACUAGCCACGAUGACAGUGCAAUGCCUCCACAACCGAAGGCAGUCGUGCUUCUGAAUGCUAGCUGCUGGAAACCACAAGAGGGGAGAGAUGCUGUUGUGCUCAAGUCCUGCUUGAGGGUUUGCUACAGGCAUCUGAGUGGCCACUGUGAGCACAGGAAGCUAGAUAGAGGAGCCAUUGGCCACCCAAGCCAGGGCUAUUAUGUUCUUAAUCAGCUAGGAUCUCCCUAGUGGGACCUACAAAAGAACAUAAGAUGAGUUUGCAGGAUCAAGUCAAUGGCCCAUUUAGUCCAGCAGCCUAUUCUCACAGUGACCAGCUAGAUGCCAAUGGGAAGACCACAGACAGGUCCCUUUUAGUUCCACAAUUCCAUGCAUUGCAGGCAAGUUUCUCUCUUACACAGAAGGAAAUCCUUUCUGACGCUUGAUGUGCCGUGACACACAGAUAGAUGGAUGCACCGCUGGUAAACAGGGAAGUGUUUAAAAAAGGAAAAUCCGGACGGCUGUGUUAGUUGAUAUGCAAAUGCAUGCAGAUUUAAUGAGUGAGGACCCCAUUCAACAAGACGCAUGAUUAAUUGACCAAGCUGUCUUCUGUCAAGCAACAGCCAAAGCAAAAGCAAGCACACGUAACACUCGUUCUCUGCGGGUUUGGCAGAAUAAACUGGGAGGUUGGAUGGUGGGUUUUCCUUCUUCCAAGGGCUAAGGGAGUCCAAGGGGUGCCGUUUAAGACUCCAGGAGAAGGCAAGGAGAACCCUUUUGGGAUAUGUUUAUUUAUUUAGAGCAUUAUUAUUAUUAUUAUUUUAUUUUAAACCUGCUUUUCAGUUUUAAAAGCCUUCCAAAAUGGGUUUCAUGUGACUGCUUAAAAUACCAUGGUGCCUGCUCACAAGCUUGCCAUCUGAAAGAUAAGUGACGAAAGGAAAAUGGGUUGGAGAGGGAAGGGGGCGAAGCAGUUUUUAUUGCAGUUAUGACAAAGAGUGUGUGUUUGUGUGUGUUUUAAGAGUAUUUGUUAGGAUUUCUUUCUUUUUUUACUUGAACCCUUCUAGAUUUUGAGAUAUUCACCUACAGUAGUGUUUCCCAAACUCGGGUCUCCAGCUGUUUUUGGACUAUAACUCCCACCAUCCCUAGUUAGCAAGACCAGUGGUCAUGGAUGAUGGGAAUUGUAGUCCAAAAACAGCUGGAGACCCGAGUUUGGGAAAUGCUGACCUAGAGGGUCUGGCUCUGUUGUUGUUGUUGUUGUUGUUUAUAGUCAUUUAGUCGUGUCCGACUCUUCGUGACCCCAUGGACCAGAGCACGCCAGGCACUCCUGUCUUCCACUGCCUCCCACAGUUUGGUCAAACUCAUUCUGGUACCUUCAAGAACACUGUCCAACCAUCUCGUCCUCUGUCGUCCCCUUCUCCUUGUGCCCUCAAUCUUUCCCAACUUCAGGGUCUUUUCCAGGGAGUCUUCUUUUCUCAUGAGGUGGCCAAAGUAUUGGAGCCUCAGCUUCAGGAUCUGUCCUUUCAGUGAGCACUCAGGGCUGAUUUAAGAAUGGAUAGGUUUGAUCUUCUUGCAGUCCAUGGGAUUCUCAAGAGUCUCCUCCAGCACCAUAAUUCAAAAGCCUGGCUCUAGGCUUCUUCUUUGUCAGAUAUGAGGCAGAAACCUAGCAGGAUAAGGGCCCUGUUUGCUAUGAACUCCUUUUCUCUCCUUAAAUAGUCUGCAAGGCAAUUUCCUUGUGGACUAUGAACAAACAAAUAUUUAAAAAUUAUUAUUAUUCCUCUGGGUUUUGAGAGCUUAGCACAAGCUCUUUCGCACCAGAACACUUAGAAUUGCCAGAUUUCCCAUUUAGCCCUGCUCCGGUGCCUUCUUCAGCAGUGUACAGCACAAUCCUGACAAUAUUCCUUAUUUAUUGAUGUGUAAUUUUUGCUGUCCUGACAGACGCCUCAUUACUUUUAUUUUCUCUGCACUGUCCGUACGCAAGUCAUUUACUGCUUCAGACAGCCUAGAGGCAGUAAGGCUGCAAUUGUUUGUAAGCUCAGAAGUAAGACCAACUGAAUUACUCCCAGGGAACUGGGGUUAGGAUUGCAGCCUUAAUUUGCAGGCAUUAGCAGGCGAUAAUGCUAAAUCUUCAUCCUGUGAAAGCCUUGCCUUCUUUCUGCAAUUCAACCUGCCACUCAAGCCUCAGGAGCAAGAUAAUCUGUUUUUCCCCCUCCUGUUUAGUUGCCAACCCACCUUAUCUGAGGCUGCGCACAAUGCUGCACAUUUAAAGCACAUUCCCCCUCCGCCAAGAAGCCUGGGAACUGUAGCUCCAGCUCAAAGAUCUAUAAUUCCCAGCACCCUUGACAAACUUCAUUUCACAGGUUACUUUGAUGGAAAAAUGUGCCUUAAAUGCAAUUUGAACGUAUGGCGUGCACAUAGUCUGCAUUGCCAACUGUUCUUUGUUUUCAUUUUGGUGUCUGUGCUUUUGUAAAAGGGUUUACAGUAUGUAUGAUGUUGCUACCUUUCUAAGCUGCCUUGAGGGCCCUUUGUUCGGAAAAGCGAGGUGAAGAAAAGGAUAAAUCAAUAUCCCAUAAGAAUAAUUAUACUCAAGCCAUCAGCACAGAUUAAACAUUCACCUACAAACACCACCUCCCCUUGUUUCUUAAGCAGAGGGAUUUAUACCUUUGCCACGCAUGCAAACAGCAUGGGGCCAGUUUUAAUCCUUCAUAACAAAACGCUCUGUCAGCAUGUAGAUCGAAUCAGAGUUGGCCAAAGAUGCUUCCGAGCCAUAGUCACAUGCAAAGGAUGCUGUUGCAGCUUUAGAGUUGUGGUAUCUUGCCACUGAGGAAAGAGAGGGAGGAGAAAGAUGAGCUAAGAAGGAGCAUGUGGAGGAACACAUGUGAAAAACUGUACAAGUGUGUCUAGUUCAGCUGACAUACAAGUUCCUAUUCAGCUCAGGACGAGGUUGCUUGAAAGACUGCCUUAUACACCCUGCAAAUUGGAAAUUGCAAGGCCGCUCCACAGUGACUCAGAGCAGGGCUUUUACUGUGGCCGCCCCUGUUCUGUGGUACAGUGGGGCCUUGGUUUUAAAACGUCUUGGCUGUCAAACAUUUUAGAAGCCAAACGUCAAAAUCCCGGAAUUGAAUGCUUCCUUUUUCGAACAUGCUUUGGAAGUUGAACGGCUUCCAAGGCGCGUUUCUCAAUUUUUUUCAAUUGAAUUUGCCAACAGUCCUUUGAUCCUUGGUUUUCAAACGUUUCGGAAGUCGAAAGUUCUUCCGGAAUGGAUUAUGUUCAAAAACCAAUGUUCCACUUUACAGCGUUCCUGCUGAGAUAACAACAGGUGGCUGCUAUCUGCAUUUUCCAGAAACUAUUAAAAACAGUUUUGCUAAGACAGGCUUUCUCAACUGGAUAAAUGGGUCCUUACCAUGAUUGCCCAAUUGUUAGGGCUGUAGUCUUGUUUUAAAUGUAUUUAAUAGAAUCGUAGAAUUGAAGGGAUCCCGAGGGUCAUCCAGCCCAACCCCUUACAACGCACGAAUCUCAACUAAACCAGUGUUUCUAACUGCUUUUAAUUGUCUCGUAUGUAAAUCAUAUUGAGAUGGUGGUUUAGAAAACUUUAAAUAAAUUAUUAUUAUUAUUAUUAAUAGCAAUAACUAUUUAUGUAUCCAGGUGCACAGAUUGUAAUGUGGGAACACCCUGCGAGGGCUUCUGGCACCCAGGGAUUGUAUCCAAUUAAGCAGAGCUGCUAAAAAAUUACUGGAGCUAAAUUGGCCAUGCCCAUUGAUUCCAAUGGGUCUUCUCCGAGUAUGACUAAUGUUGGACGCAACUCCAGGCUUCUGCCCCAUUUUCAUGUAGUUUCUGCCGAGUCCAGUCUCCUUCCUCUCUGUUUGAUUCCACUUCUUCCUUCUGGAAAAACAGGACUUAAUAAGGCGGGCCCCACCUAAUUGUGGGUGAGGCACUGAGCGAGAUUGCUGACAGAAGAACUUACAUAAAACAAUUUACCUUUCUUACCAUAUAAAAGAAGCCGUGGAGGAGGCAUGUUUGGGAAGGGUUAGCAACUUGCUACAUAUGUAUGGACUAGUCUGCUAAGACUGUGCCCUCUGCCAGCCCUCACCCACCUGGCUCUGCCUGUCUGCCUCCUCCGCCUUAAUCUCAGUUUUGCCCAGCUAAAAUCCCCAUGCUAUUUUUCUAGAAAAAGAGGUGCCAGAGCUCACCAUGAACUUUCCCCUUGUUCUCCUAGAAUGGCAGUACAGUGGUACCUCUGGUUGCGGAUGGGAUCCGUUCUGGACCUCCGUUCGGAUCCCAAGGUUUCCGCAACCGGAGGGAUCGCUUCUGCGCAUGCGCGGGUGGCGAAACCCGGAAAAGUACUUCUGGGUUUGCCGCAUACGUAUCCCGAAGGAUAUGUAACCGAAGGUGACCGUAAGUAGAGGUACCACUGUAAUGCCCACAGAAAGAAAUUGAUGUGGACCGAUUUUUGAAAACAAAUGGAUUACAAAAAAUCUCUCAAGAAAAUAAAUUAAUGCUGAACUAUAAAAUAACUGAACAGGAGGUAGAAGGCGCCAUUCAGAAUAUGCAAUUAGGUAAAUCUCCAGGACCAGUAGGUCUUUAUAUCUUAUCCAGACAUUAAACAAUGCUUUCCUGACAAUAUGAUUUUUAAAUGCUUUAUGUGCUUUGACCUUAUCAUACCACAAAUAUGCAUGCCAUCCAAAUACAUUAUUAAAACCUUCUAAGUCCAAAAUGUCUGUGUUUUCAAGAAGCAGCCAUUCUUUCAGCCAGCAAAAAGCUGCUGAUUCAUAAUAAAGUUUAAGGUCUGGCAGGGCAAAUCCACCUCUUUCCUUUGCAUCCGUUAGUAUUUUAAAUUUUAUUCUAGGCUUCUUGCCCUGCCAGACAAAUCUAGAGAUAUCUCUCUGCCACCUCUUGAAGCAAUCCAUUUUGUCCAAAAUUUGCAAUGUUUGAAAGAGAAAUAACAUUCUAGGCAAUACAUUCAUUUUUAUCGCAGCAAUACGGCCUAGCAGUGAAAGCUUCAAAUUUGACCAAAUUUCUAAGUCUUUUUUCACUUCAGCCCAGCAUUUUUCAUAAUUGUCUUUAAAUAGAUUCCCAUUUUUGCUGUCAUGUUAAUCCCCAGGUAUUUCACUUUCUUAACCACUGUUAAACCUGUCUCAUUCUGAAACCUCUCUUUCUCAAUCACAGUUAAGUUUUCUCUAAGACCUUUGUUUUUAACUUAUUCAAUUUAAAUCCUGCAACCUGACCAAAUUCUUGAAUCAGUUCCAAAACCCUUUUAGUACUAGAUUCUGGCUCCUGCAAUGUCAAUGCUAAGUCAUCUGCAAAUGCUCUCAAUUUGUACUGUUUAGCUCCAACUUGUAUACCUUUAACCAAUUGGUCCCUUCUAAUCAUAUUCAGCAGGACCUCCAGGACCGAUAUAAAUAGCAAUGGGGAGAUUGGGCAACCUUGUCGUGUCCCUUUUUCUGUCUUAAAUUCCUCCGUCAUCACGUUAUUUACAAUUAAUUUAGCCUUUUGUUCUGAAUAAAUUGCACUUAUACCGUUUUCAAAGCCUUGGCCUACCCCCAUCCCCUGUAGGUUCUUCUUCAUGAAACUCCAAGAAAUAUUGUCAAAGGCUUUCUCCGCGUCCACAAAUAUCAAAACUGCCUUGGUAUUUAUAUUCACUUGUAGUUUUUCUAAAAUAUUGAUUAUGUUUCUCACAUUGUCAGACAAAUGUCUACCCGGGAGAAAGCCUGCUUGAUCUUUAUGUAUCUCUUCCAUUAGGACUUUUUUUAGUCUUUUAGCCAAAAUGUCUGCAAAGAUUUUGUAAUCCACAUUGAGCAGUGAUAUGGGGCGGUAGUUCUUAAGCUGGGUCUUUUCAGUCUCUAUUUUCGGUACAAGUGUAAUAUAUGCUUCUUUCCACGACUCUGGUGCCCUUUCCCCACCCAUUAUUUUGUUACAGACUUCCUUUAAAGGUUGUACUAGCCAUUCCUUCAAGGAUCUGUAGUAUCUAGAAGUCAGUCCAUCCGGUCCUGGAGAUUUACCUAGUUGCAUAUUCUGAAUGGCACCUUCUACCUCCUGUUCAGUUAUUUUAUAGUUCAGCAUUAAUUUAUUUUCUUGAGAGAUUUUUUUGUAAUCCAUUUGUUUUCAAAAAUCGGUCUACAUCAAUUUCUUUCUGUGGCCCUUGUGUAUAUAGUUGUUUAAAAUACCUCUGGAAACAAUUUCUAAUCUCAGCUGGGUUCUGUAUAUUCCUUCCUUCCACUUCUAAAUUUGUGACAGUAUUUAGUUUUUGUCUUUUUUCAUUUGCCAAGCCAACAAUUUCCCACAUUUAUUAGCCGACUCAAAUGUCUUUUGUCUCAUUUGUUUAAUUUUCCAUUCUAUCUCCUGAUUCAUCAUUUUCAUGUAUUGUACUUGAUAUAACUUUAUUUCUCUCAAAAUCUCUUGCGACUUUGGUUUUGCUCUCAAUUUCUUUUCACUUUCCUUUAUUUUCUCCAAUAUUUUAUCCUUCUUCUCAUUUUGGAUUCUCUUCUUUAAUGCAUUCUGUUGUAUCAAGAACCCUCUCAUAACAGCUUUGCUUGCGUCCCAGAUUACUCUUUUUUCAACAUUGGUGUUCAUAUUUAUCUCAAAAUAGUCUCUCAAGGUUUUUUGGGCCUUCUUAAUGACUUCUUCAUCUCUAAAUAAGGCAUCAUUCAUCCUCCAUCUGAAGGAGCCGGUUGGUGUUAGCUUCAUCUCCAUCUUAACAGCAUUAUGGUCGGAGCAGGUUUUUGGGCAGAUUUCCACUUUUCUUGUCUUUGGUGCCAUUCCUCUAGUUAGCCAUAUUUGGUCAAUUCUUUUCCAUGUCAGUUUGGCUUCAGAAAAGAAGGUUCCCUCUCUGGCCAGGGGAUUCUUUGUUCUCCAGAUAUCAACUAAGUCCAAGUUGUCUGUCAUCUCAAAAAAGGUUUUCGGUAGUCUACCAUCCAUAUUGUAUUUUCAUGCUGUGAACCACCGUGUGAUUUUCAGAUGAAUACAAAUAAUAAUAAUAAUAAUAAUAAUAAUAAUAAUAAUACAGACAGCACAAUCAUUAACUCUGCAGCAGGUUUUUGGGGUGAGGGGGUGGGGUGGAACGGCUACAGGCCUGGCCCAAGAUUAUUCCCAAUUUCCCAAACUCCAGCUCAAAUCCCGCUUUCAGGCCCUCUCUGACCAAAUGCAAGCAGAAAGACGUGUCAUUACAAAGGCUGGGAAGAGAGAGACCUGUAGCUGUUAAGGACCAUGGAACUCGUUUGCUGUGUGAUCACAGUAUAUGCAGUUGGCCUUGCAACAAACUUCCUGAAAAAUAGGAGAAGUUCCCCUCAGGUAGCGUAGCAAGGGAACCUCAUCCAUUAGGACAAAAGGAGCUCUUCCUCAUCCAUCUCAUUCUGCCUCAUCCACCUGCCUUCUUAUUUACAACCAGUCCAAAGAGUGGCUUUGGCUGUCAGCUUCUUCCUCCUUAACCUCACUGCUGCUUUUGCAGAACUCAGCAGGCAGGAGAGUUGGCUCUGCUUAUUAUUGGCCCUGUCUCCAUCUGCUGUUGACCUCCCUACCUUCCCCACUGCCUGUCCCCACGGGGACUGAACCCAGGAUUUUCUGCAUGCAAAGGAUGCCCUUCCACAGUGCCCUUCUUCAUUUGUGAGCUGGAGCGAUGAGAAACGAAGUGUCUCUGAAGGCACACUCUGGCUGUCAGCAAGCCCUUGUGCUGCCUCAGCAGACCUCCUGGCUGUGUUCAGUUCCUUUUCAUUGGCAUCUUACCCGCUUCUGUGGAAAAACCUGACCUUGCUGUUAUUUUGGUCCGAUGUGAAAGCGUCUCUUAGCGAAGAGGGAAACAAGCCGGGAGGGAGAACUAGGAGAGAUAAGUGGGCUGCUGAAGUGGUGGGUCUCUGCCUCCGCAUUCCCACUUGAGGUAGUGACAGCCCCAGCUUGGAAGGCUUUCAAAGGGCACCAGACAAGUUCAUGGAGGAGAAAGCUAUUGGAUGACUACCAGCUGCAAUGGAAAUGCUCUCCACCUCCACUGAAUGUGGCACUGGGCAUUUGAAGGAGGAUGCAGCUGUGCUGGGGGGCUUCUUGUGGGCAUCUGGUUGGCUGUUGUGAGAACAGGAUUCUGGACUAGAUGGGCCUGUGGCCUGAUCCAGCAGCCAGACUCUUCUUAAGUCGGGCACCCCCAAAACUCGGCCCUCCAGAUGUUUUGGGACUACAACUCCCAUCAUCCCUAGCUAGCAGGACCAGUGGUCAGGGAUGAUGGGAAUUGUAGUCCCAAAACAUCUGGGGGGCUUAAAUUCUCUCACCAGACAUUUAAAGCAAACUUGAUGUUGCUAUUAGGUCAUCAGUUGCAUACCCACCAACAUUUCUCCGAUGAAAAUAUGGACUUCCUAUUCAAUCAUCAUCAUCACCAGCACCGCUAUUUUCUGAGGGGACGCAUACCCCUAAGCAUUUUGUGAAUCUAAGUUUGGCCUCAAUGAGGGACGGUAUUUGAAUAUGAGUAGGAAAAUGAGAGUACCCCUAAACAUUUUUAAAGAAAAAAAGGACUAAUAAUAAUAAUAAUACCCCGCCCAUCUGACUGGGUUGCCCUAGCCACUCUGGGUGUCUUCCAACAUAUAUAAAACCAUAAUAAAACAUUAAACAUUUAAAAAACUUCCCUAAAUAGGGCUACCUUCAGGUGUCUUCUAAAGGUUGUAUCAUUACUUAUCUCCUUAGCUUACGGGUCUCAUAUCACUCCAUACCCUCUGAUGAAAAUAGGGACAUCCUAAGUGAAAGUGGGACAUUCCGGGAUCAAAUCAGAAACCAGGAUGGCUUUUAUAAAUCCAGGACUGUCCCUGGAAAAUAGGGACACUUGGAGGGUCUACAGUUAUCUAAGAGGUUCAUACCUUCCCCCCUCCCCCGACCCCACAUAUCUUGCAGAGGAAACAUCUUUAUUAUUCUCACACCAAUGAAGACUUAGCCAACCAGAGUUCCUCCUCUGCUAUUACACAGGAAGCUGCUUCAGACUAGGCCAGACUGUCUGGCCCAGUGCUGACUACUCUGACUGGCAGCAGCAGCUCCCGAAAGGUGUGAGGCUGUGACACUUUCCCAGCCACUCUUUUCAAUGAAAGCGGCUGCUCAUGUGUCACCAAAAAAUCGGAAAGGCGUCACCAAAGAAGAUGCCGAAAGAGGAUGCAGAUUUGCAUGGAAUGUGUGCGUGCUGAUGUUUAUGUAUGGAUGCAAAUCUAGAAAUAUUUAAUAAACUCGAAUGAACAGAAACAAUUUCAUUUUCUGCCUCAGGCAAUGAAAUAUCUUAAGCCAGUCCUGUCGCCGAUGUGGUGUGUAAUGUCCUGCCCUGCGUACGUGAGCACAAUAUACCUGUCAGGGAUAGGGUGUCCCAUGUCUGGGGUGCAAAUGUGGCCCUGCAGGACUCUCUCUAUGGCCUCCACAGCUCAAUCUAGGCCACACCUCCUUUCCUCAAACCACGUCCCUCAGUGACCCUGCUUCCAGAAAGUGGUGUUGGGGGAUGAGUGUUCAGACCCAUGGGCUCUCACUUGUGGGGUGCCUCAGGGUUCCGUCCUCUCCCCCAUGUUUUUUAAUAUCUAUAUGAAGCCACUGGGAGAGAUCAUCAGGGGGUUUGGGCUGGGUGUUCAUCAGUACGCAGAUGACACCCAUCUCUACCUCUCUUUUAAAUCAGAACCAGUGAAGGUGGUGAAGGUCCUGUGUGCGUGCCUGGAGGUGGUUGGAGGAUGGAUGGUGGCUAACAGAUUGAGGCUGAAUCCUAACAAGACAGAAGUACUGUUCUUGGGGGACAGGGGGCGGGUGGGAGUGGAGAGCUCCCUGGUCCUGAAUGGGGUAACUGUGCCCCUGAAGGACCGCAGCCUGGCAGUCAUUUUGGACUCACAGCUGUCAAUGGAGGUGCAGGUUAAUUCUGUAUCCAGGGCGGCUGUCUACCGGCUCCAUCUGGUACGCAGACUGAGACCCUACCUGCCCAUGGACUGUCUCGCCAGAGUGGUGCAUGCUCUAGUUAGCUCCCGCUUGGACUACUGCAAUGCGCUCUAUGUGGGGCUACCUUUGAAGGUGACCCGGAAACUGCAAUUAAUCCAGAAUGCGGCAGCUAGACUGGUGACUGCGAGUGGCUGCCGGGACCACAUAACACCGGUCCUGAGAGAUCUGCAUUGGCUCCCAGUAUGUUUCUGAACACAAUUCAAAGUGUUGGUGCUGACCUUUAAAGCCCUAAAUGGCCUCGGCCCAGUAUACCUGAAGGAGCGUCUCCACCCCCAUCGUUCAGCCCGGACACUGAGAUCCAGCUCCGAGGGCUUUCUGCCGGUUCCCUCAUUGCGAGAAGUGAGGUUACAGGGAACCAGACAGAGGGCCUUCUCAGUAGUGGCGCCCACGCUGUGGAACGCCCUCCCAUCAUAUAUCAAGGAAAUAAGCAGCUAUCCUAUUUUUAAAAGACAUCUGAAGGCAGCCCUGUUUAGGGAAGUUUUUAAUAUUUAAUGCUGUGUUGUUUUUAACAUUCGAUUGAGACCCACCCAGAGUGGCUGGGGAAACUCAGCCAGAUGCGCGGGGUAUAAAUAAUAAAUUAUUAUUAUUAUUAUUAUUAUUAUUAUUAUUAUUAUUAUUAUAACAUGUCUGUUCCUUUUCCUUUUAACCUCAGGUGGCAAAGAUGGCCAGGAACCACCAACUCCAGUUGUUGCCCCCGUGCAGGGGCACCAUCUGGAGGGAGGCAAGACCCCCCUAAAACAUUCAAGGAGAGGAUCAGGGCCCCUCAGUAUUCCACAGCCUGUCAGGCCCCGCUCGGCUUUCCCACAGCUGUGUUGGGCCCUGCCAGGCCUACCUGCAGCCAGCAGAAGGCUGCACUGGCCUGCACUGUGUCUCGAGAUGCCAAGGGGACCAGCCGGCAUGGCGCAAGGUCACACUGGCUUGCACAACAUCUCCUGACACUACGGGGACUGGCACAGUUUAGUGGAAGGUGGCACCGGUCUACCCAGCAUUUGGAGAUGCAUGGGACGUCACAGGUGACAUGUGGCAUCACAUGUGCAUGCUGGGCCCCUUAGGGGCAAUUUGGCAUUGGUGCAUUCAAGGUAAAAUGAUGCCCAGCCCUGCCACUGGAUUAUCUUGGGCAAAGGAAAGGCGACAGCAGGCUGAGAAGCAGUUGGGAUUCCCUUGGCCUUUGGUGCAAUGGGAAUUUCCUUUCCUUUCUGCUUCCAGGCUCCUGGUAAGCUUUUCUCCUUCUUUCCCCUAAAAAUAAUGAAUUGCAGGGAGUCCAUUAUGGGAUGCUGACUUUGACAUAUGAAGUCCCUGAGGGCUUGGGCCCAACUUAUGGUAAUGAGUUGCAAUAAACAGGGCUUGCUUUCUACCUUUGCGUAAGACAGGGAGGAGAAAAAUACUUAGCAUUCAUGGGGUGUGUUUCCGAAGUUCAGGGCAUUACACCUGUUUUUCAUGCCUUAAAAUACUUGUACCACACCUUUGGGGUCCAGAAUGUACUAAAUGACAGAUAAUGCUUUUUUAAAAAAAAUUACACAAAGAAAAGAAUGAACAACAGCAAGCUAAAACCACACUGCAACAAAAGGCACCCCCUCACUGUCGCCAAAACCGCUUUGGGCUUGGGGAAAAACUCAGGACAGAUUUAUGGGGUGCCUGGAGAGGAACACCGCCCCCGCCAUGCAGUAGAAUUUGUCUGCUCAUGCAAAGCGCAUCUUAGCUCUACAUUAAAUGCAGCCCUUUGUGACACCAAUCUUUUGGCAGUUAUAUAUCAGGCAAAAACUACCUCUGUGGCACCUGUUGAAGAUCAUUUCAAGCAGAGAUCUUUAUCCCUGUCUGUACCUGUGUUGGAUUUGAAAUUGUUUUCAUGCACGAAAGUGUUUUGAGUUGUUGUUUUUAUAUACACGGAACUGUUUCUCCGUUGCUUUUCGCAUGCGGGAUUAUUUUUAGCGUGCCUCUUUCCUGCUACGAAACCGCGGGAAACGAUUCCUAAACAGAAUCACAAGUCAGUAAAGAAAUAGACGACGCUGGUGACUAAAUAACAAGGGGUCUUUGUUAUUAUUGUUUAUCCUCGCAGCGGAUAUCAUGCCUUGUUGAGCGGUGGUGCUACAGAACUCGGAUGCCAUGGGGGUGCUGAGCCAAGCGGAGCUGCACCCCUUUUCAACCAAAUCGGAGAAGGAUCGCCUGGAGGAUAUGCCCAAGUGCCAGUCACCAGACAAGGAGGGGUCCCCAGCUCAGUGUAGCAUAGAAGAUGCCCUUUCUUUGGAAGGCGGCUCCAGUCCAGGUGGAAACUCCAGUGACGGUAUGGAGGAGGAUGAAGCCAGCAGCACAGAGAGUGCCGAGAAUGGGGUGAGUGGCAGCAAAUGUCUAGGGUCUCAUUUCUCAUCUGAGGCUUAAUUGGCUUUUGAGCCUUUUCCUUCAUCAAGUGGGAGAGGGGUGUUUUUAACAGAAAUGACAGGGGUAAAUAUGCAUAUGUAUUUGCUAGGGUUGCCUCCUCUGCUUUCUCUGGUCGCCAGCCCCAUAUGCUUUGCAAGCAGAAGGUCCCAGGUUCAAUCCCUGAUAUCCCCAGGCAGGGCUGGGAAUGUGCCUUGCUCAAAAACUUGGACAGCUGUUGCCAGUCAGUGUUGACAAUACUGAACUUUAGACGGACCAGUGGUCCUCCUUGGGACAAGGCAGCUCCCAAUGUUUUUCUUUUAAUCAGACAAUGGGUAGAGAAGUGCAAUCGUCUCUAAGCGGAGCACAAGAAAUGCAAUACAGAAAAGGUAGUUAAAACCACUCAAUCAGAUACUCUGGUUUCUCUUCAGAUUGUACAAAUCUUUCACCUUUUACUAAAACGACACAAUCAUACUUCAGCUAAUGGGGGGAAAGUCUUCAGUAGACGCCGGAAAAUCAACAGGGAUGAGGUCUGCUAACCCCAACUAGAAGGGAGUUACAUAAAUUUGGGCCCACAAUAUUAACCGCACGGCUCCCAAUGAAUACAAACCAUGCAUCCAAGCCAUAGGGGCCACAAACAGUGACCCAGAAGAUUCAGUGUUGGGGCAGAGAUUGGGUCUGCCACUGCAAAUUUUUGAGCAUUAGAGUUAUAUAGUUUGGGAGGAACCACAGCUCAAUGGUAGAGCAUCUGCUUUGCAUGGCUACUGUGAGGACAGGAUGCUGGACUUGGUGGGCCCUCAGCCAGAUCCAGCAGGACUCUUCUUAAGUUCUUAUGUGGCAGCUAACCGCAAGCCCUUUUGCCACUGGUGCCUAAAAACCAUUAGUCUGCGUGUUGCUAUAGAGAGGGAAGUGAGCAGGUUUUUCAUCCUCCCUCUAUGAAGCUCAUCUGUGUGGAGAAUGGUCAACACCUCCUCUUAGUUUCCUACUAUAGUCGUACCUUGGUUCUUGAAUGGAAUCCGUUCCGGAAGUCUGUUCAACUUCCAAAAACGUUCAAAAACCAAGGAACUUCCUGCACUCAAUCGGAAACCACGGAAGCCGUGUCGGAUGUUUGGCUUCCAAAAAACGUUUGCAAACUGGAACACUCAUGUCUGGGUUUGCGGCGUUCGAGAACCAAAAUGUUCAAGUUGCAAGGCGUUCAAGAACCAAGGUACGACUGUAUGUAGUCACUGGAAGGAUUCCCAAGACAGAAGUUUUGGUUUUCAGGUAUGGUUAGGUCUUCAUAGCUCCUAGUUAAGUACCAAUUGGACAAAGGGGUAAAGGAUGGGAGCAGGGCUGGGAGGAAGAGUUCGGAAAGAACAAAAUCUCUUCUCUUGCGAAGGGACUAGUGUUAAUCUCUAGCCUUCCAAGCUGACUUUUUCAGUUUCAGUUUUGCAAUCCUGGUAGGGAAACUCAGCCACACCUUUUAGCACAGUUACUGGGAUACACCUUAGCUCAGUGCUGGAGCACCUCAUUUGAACAAAGAUGCAAAGAUGGUCACUGUUUUGAUUUGCACCUGGUACCUCCAGUGAAAAGGAAGUCCAUGGUUAGAUGCAGCAGCAAUGCUUCUGAAUACCAGUUGCUGGGAAACACAGGAGGGGAAAGAUGCUCUUGUGCUCAGAUCCUGCUUGCAGGCUUCCCAACUUCUUCUUAAGUUCUUUAUUUAUUUCAUAUUCUUUAUUGAAAAAUAAAAAAGUACAAAAUUACAAGUGCUCAAAGUAAAAGAAGACACAAAAAGAAGAAACAAGAAAUAGUACCCAUGUAGGAAACAAAACAGAACAGCAACAACAAAAUAUAUUGUGUACAUUGCAAAAAAGGGGGGGGUGUUAUUGUAGUUAACCAGACCUUCAUCUAAUAUGGCAUUUAUAACAAAUAUCAUUAAAUUUGGCCAUGGCAAAUCUGUGUUUGUACACAACUUGCUCAUGUGCAGCAAGUUUGUACAUAUCUUCAAUCCAAUCAUUAAAGGGAGCUGCAUUUUUAUUUUUCCAGUUCAUCAAGACCAUUCUUUUUGCCAUAGUAAGGGCACAUAGAGUCCCUUUGUUAGAUUCCAUGUCUUGCGUAUAUAAUUCAAAAGGAUAUGUUCGUCUGCAAAUUUAAGAUUGCUCCAUACAGUCAUGUUGAUUGGCUCUAUUACCUCCUGCCAGAAUUUUUUCAAAGUAGGACACUGAAGCAUUAUUCUUGCCACAUCUCCAGCAGCUAGAUAUAGGCCCUUCUUAAGCUCUUAUGGUGCAGGGUUCAGAACCACCCACAGGGUUUCGUUUGUGCGAACGCAGCCUGCACGUGUACACGCAAACCCUGAUUUAUAUAUUGUGUUUCCCUUUCCAGUACGAGAGUCCCCAAACAGGAAGAAUCGGCUGCAGCACGAAGGAGAAGCAACUGCGGCCAACUCAUGCUGUGAGCAAGAUCUCGGCUCUUGAGAAUCGGAUCAAGGAGCUGCAUCACCUGAAGAAGGAGGUGAACAUUGAGGUACGCCUCAGUCUCCUACAAUCCCCUCCCUGUUUCGCGAGGAAAGGGGUGUCUGAUGGGUGACAAUUGGCACCUGUAAAACCGGUAUGGUGGAGGCACCACACCCAGGCAGGUGGGGAAAGGCUUGAGGCACGUCACAGAUACAUAGAGAGCAGGACCUGCUGGUUCCACAGAACGGGGCAUCCCUCGCCGCACGGUGUUUAGUUCCCAAGGUGCUCUCAGGAGCGUUCUCUAAUGGUCAGAUCAGAUCAGGGGAGCCUGGAAGUUAGAACUUCUCCUGCAUUCCUUGAUUGCUCUUAUCCCAUGAUUCUGCUUGCCCGUCUGCCCCCUGGUGGUUGUGUAGAGGUUGGCUGGCCGCCAGUCAGGAUGUUUGGGCACCUCGCCUCUGACAUGGCCCCCUUCCCCAGCAGAUGGACCUGGAAGGAGCCUUGCUGCAAGGAGAACUGAAGGAGGAGAGGCAGGAGCUGAGAAAGGAAGAGGAGAAGCUGCUUGAGCUGCAGAGGCGCCUCGUGGAGACGGAGCGCAGGUGCCACGCCGAAAGAGAGAAGGUGAGGCCUCCUCUCUUAAGUCUUUCUCUCGUCAGCCUCCAGGAGCCUCUUCAGGCUGGUGAUUUAUUGCGGGUGUGUUUUGCAACAUGUGGAUUUCUCCUGCGUUUGUUUGUUCUGAGGUGCUCCUUGGAUGCCUCUGCAUGAUUGCUGUCCAGAAGGGUGGAAGUGCAACAAAAGUGGGGCAAAAAUCAGCCGGGACAUAGGAUUGCAGAGUUGGAAGGGACCCCGAGGGUCAUCUAGCCCAACCCCUCCUGCAAUGCAGGAACAUUUGUUAUGUGAUUUCAGUAGGAAGUUGCAGGGUAUGCACUGAUUGGAAACAAAACUGCGAGUGCAAACAGUAUUGAAAGAUCAUGUGUGGUCGCCCAGAUAGCAUCAUCCUGACCUGAGGAUGAAUGGCACAGGUAGGAUGGGUAGGAUCACACCCUUUCUCUACCAGCUCUGUUUCCCUGCUGGGUAACUCUUCCAGUUGGAUGAAUCUUCCCUCCCAUGUGAUGGUAGGAAGGUCCAUCAGGACUGUGGGAAGGGGAGGGAAGUUUUGCAUUCUUCAUCUCCCUCCAAUCCCCCUUCUGCUGCUCAGUUGAUUGGUGAACAGGUGAAAAAAGGUGGUGGAGGAUGGACUGCAGAAAAAAGUUAACCUGUAUCUGGAGCUUCCUGUCCUUCUUACUGCUCUGCUGAUCAAUGGGAGGGUAUGUUGUGGGUCAUGUAAGAUCAGGCACUGGUCCGGAAGCAGCCCGGGCAGUGGACCGAUUGCACACCUCUGAUCAGAGAAUGUGCAAAAUGUAGUCGACAUAUGCACAUUCCCCAAGGGCAGUUGGCGAGUAUGUCUGUUGAUGGAAAUGUACAUUAUUCUCUCUUCCUGGAAAGAUUAUAUGCACAUUCCCCAUGAGGCCUGGUGAAUGUGCACAAUGGCCAGUUGCUAUGCACAUUAACCUCUCAGUGCACAUUCCCUUUAAAACACGCACACGCAUGUUAUGGAUAUAUAUACCUUCCACUCAAUGUAACUGUUUAUACAUCUGAUGAAGUGCACUGUCGUCCAGGAAAGCUUAUGCCAUAAUAAAUUUGUUAGCCUUUAAAGUGCCAUGAGACUCUUUGUCUGUAUUUUGAGACUGAAACUGAAAUUCAAAAGCUUUCUCAACAUCCCUAUUAUUGUUCACUACUUUGGCCCUUUAGUGUUAUAUAAUACAGUAAAGCAAAGCUUAAGUUGACAGAAAAGUGGUGUUUGGUCAAACGAAAACAAAACCCCACCACACCUACACACAGAAUGGAGGAAGGACUGUAGCCCAUUAGUAGAACAUUUGCCUUAUAGGCACAAAGUCCCGGGUUCAAUUCCUGGCAUCUCCAGGUAGGGCUGGCAAAACUCCUGCCUGAAAGCCUAGAGAGCCACUGCCAAUCAGUGAAGACAAUACUGGGCUAGAUAAACCAGUGUAAGGCAGCUGUCUAUAUUCCUCCUUGUGUUUUUUCUUGUCCUAGACUCAGAGAACUUAAAGUAGGAAAGGAACCCAGGGGUCAUCUAGCCCAAACCCCUGCAAUGCAGGCCACCCCCACUGUCUCCCUGCUUGUCUUAGGUCUCUCAGCUUUUUGUGUGUGUGGUAGGGGGAAGAAAUGGCAAAUGUUUGCGUCCUGCCCUGAUGUCAUUUAUGAUGACAGGUGCAAUAGAUAUUUUCUUCCUAUAUGAAUAAAAAUGCAAUGCUGUCAUCAAGUAGCCCACAUCACAGGACUUCUGCAUAACAACAACAAGCUGUCGCCAGGAAUGUAUAUGCGUAAAAAGCUGUCCUUCCGAAAUCUUCAUAAGUACCUGUAAUUAAAUAGUGCAAGGAACUUAACAGGUAGCUGACACACAGGAGGGUGCUAAAUCUCCACCUUGAUGUCCAAAGUCUGCUCCUAGUAGAGCACAACACCUUGGUGAUGGGCUGGGAGGUCAAAGUGCCUGAAGCAGUGAGGAAUAACAGCACAACAAGAAGGAAGAGAACACAGGGAAGGAGGAAAAUGUUGAUUACUUAGCGACUAGUUAUAUCUUUCCAUUCCGCAGUGGGAGAAGAGGAAGGGCCAUAGCUCAGUGGUAGAGCAUCUGCUUUGCAUGCAGAAGGUCUCAGGUUCGAAUCCCAGCACCUUCAGGUAGGACUGGGAGGGACACCUGGAAAACCACUGCUGGGCGGUGUCACCAAUGUGAUGGACCACUGUGUCUGACUUAGCACAAGGCAGCUUCCAAUCUUCCCAUGCUGGCAAAAGUGAUGGGUAGACUGAAUCCAGGUGACCCUACCCUGAACUGCACUCCUGCCUGCACUCUGAAGUGUUGCAGCCUGGACUUCGCCUUUAUUUCAUCAGUGAGAACUUGGCCUCCCAAGCGGCGCUUAUCGCAGCGCCGAUCACAGUUGGGAAAGGAACGCCUAAUCUGGUAACUUGCUAGGUGGAGCAAAAGCGGCUGGAUAUUUGCUGCCCAUGGAGAUGUAGUAAUGCUCUCCCUGCCCUCUUUUUCGGCAGGAGAAGGCGCGGCUGCAGAGAGAGCGUCACAAGGUAGAGGAGCUGCAGCGGCAGCACGCUGAAUCACAGAUCCACCUGGACAACCAGCCUGAAUCCAUGCGGGAACGGAUGCAGAAGCAGCUUCAGGAGGUGAGUGUGCAGCAAGGAGCUGCCAGAAACAGGUCUGGUAUGGCAGCAGGUCAGAUUGUGUGAUUUCUCUCUUUGGUUGCUACCACUUCAGAUUGCAUGUGGGGCAGAUGGUGCGAUUUGAAGGCAUGCAUCAAACUCUCUGCUUAUAGGAAGAUAGGCAUCAGGGAGAGAAGGGCUGUAGCCUAGACUUUUAGGGAAGGGCAGUGGUUCACUGGCAGAACACAUGCGUGCAAAAGAUCACAGGUUCAACCCCCAGUGUCUCCAGGUACAGUUGGGAGACACCUCCUGCCUUGGGGAGCUGCUGCCAGUCAGUGUGGGUUGUGCUGAGCUUGAUGUAUAAGGCAGCAGCUCCUUGUGUUUGCAUGUUUCUAAUAGGGUUCUCUGUGCCAUGUGCAUUUAAAAAUGUGGUUUCUCCCAACCUAUGAUCUCAAGUGGUGAAAUCUAGGACAGGCUCCCCUGAUUAGGGGGCUUUGAAUUGCUAUCAGCCCCCAAUACCACAGCUGGGUUGGGUGGGAGUUGUGGUCCAAAACAUCUGGAGGGCACCAGGAGGUUGGGGAAGGCUGGUCUCCACAAUGCAGGCCUAAAAAAAUCCAAGCCAGGAAGAAACUUCUACUGGCUUGCAAAUUGUGGGAAUCUGGCAGGUAGCAUAAGUUCCCUGACCACUGGGUCCUUCUGGCAAUAAGCGAUGGGACCCAGAAGUGUAUCUUGACUCUGGUUCUCUAUCCAGACGUCUGAGAUGCUAGAUGGAGCCCUGAGAUGCUAUGAAGAUCUGGAGUUCCAGCAAUUGGAGCGGGAAAGCCGGUUGGAAGAGGAGAAGGAGGCCAUCUGCCAGGCUCUGGCCCAAGAGAUCACUCAGCUGCAGAACAGCAUCAACCAAAGGAAGGUAAGUGGCAGUCCUGAUGACCCAUAAAUACAGUUCCAGGGUUUGUCUCACUCUAUAGUAGCCUUCUCUGACCUGGGGCCCUGACAGUGCUGUAGUGUUUUUCUUUUCAGGAUGAGGAGGGACAUUCCUAUCCUGCCAUUUUCAUGUGCGCAGCAUUUAUUUCUUACACAUUUAUUCUUUAAAAAGUAGCAUGGGUGGUUUUUCGUGUGCUCCAGGCUGCUUUGCCAAGGCAACGACAAACGGAUCUGGUACUUCUGUUUUCCUUUUGUUUUCUUUUGACGGCACACUUAAAUCUGGUCCAAUGAGUAGAUCAACCAACUGAAAUUUUAGUUGCUCAGUUGAUGCAGGAGUCACCUUUGAACUAGUGGUGCCAACUUUUAAUCAGAGGGAUCAAGACUUAGAGGCUCUUAAGUAUAUUUUUGAAGGGUGUUAUCUGUCUUUUUUUCCUGCUGUCAUAUGUAUAAAAUAAAGGAUGAAAAAGAAGAUGGCCUUUCCUUUCAAUAAAGGAGCAUUGUUAAAACUGUAGGUUAGCACACAAUUUACCUGUCCAUCUUUUGCUUUUGCUUUUUUUUAAAAAAACAAAUGUUUAGCUUGGGGUAUUCUGCACACGUGAUAGUUAAAUCUUUGAAAAGGGAGAUGAGUCAUCAGCUAAGCGUUAUUUAAUUAGUCAAUAACCUUGGGGUUGUGUUUUUGCUUCUACUGCACCUGACCACGACACAGGAGGGGCUCCCUGUGUAUAAUUAUCCUAGGUGCAAUAGAGCUCUGUGUUGCCCUGAAGACUGAGGAUUCUAACCAGGUUCUCUCCCCCGUAUCCAGAGGACGGUGCAGAGGCUGGAAGGACAGGCCCGUUUGACACAGGAGCAAAUGGUGGGCGAGAGCCAGCGAUUUGCGCAAGAGAAAGGCGAGGCCGUCAGGAAUCUCAACGUGGUAAGGAAUUCCCAGGAAUCUCGGUGCAGCAAGGAAUUUCUGGCUGAAAGCCAGGAAAACACCCAGGAUCCCAGGUUCCCUCUCUUCCCACACCAGCCCACUUGCCAUGCCCAACGCUAACAACUAAUGCAAAGUCUUGCUUUCAGUUCCCUGCCACUAAGCUUCUUUCUGGGGAUAGAAACCAGAGGUUUUGGCUCCUAGACUUCAGUGGUGGCUGGUUCCCAUUGGGACGGGUGGGGCAGAAGACAAGGAAAGCCAGCCAAUGGCAAUGGAGGAGACCAGGGGCUUUAUUGUGAGGAGGGAGGGCACUAAAGACACCGAGAUGCUAUUCUCAUACCUUCCAACACAUCAAGGUGAAAAACCAGGGUGUGUGUCCACGCCGAGUCACGUUACGUGCAUGAGAUUGGGCCCCUGAAAGACACAGUUUUUCCAGAGCUGUGCUCCUGCAUGGAAGCACAGUGCCCAAAAAUGCAUAUUUUGGGGUGCUGAGUGAGAUCAUGGCCCCCCAAAAGCAUUUUUUUUGGGGGAAGCAAGAUUAUGGCACCCAAAAUGAGCACUGUGUUCUCACACGAAAAAAAAUGGGUAUUCCAGUUUUACUGGGACAGUUGAAGAGUACCUAUUCUUUGUGGGUGAACCGACAGUCGGAAGACGUGGGGUGGUGGGAGGAGGGGAAAUGAAUGGGGCACCAGAUCCGUUUAUGUGUCAAGCUGACCUGAAGCAACAUUUGCAACUGUCUGACAACAUGACUUGUUGUCGAAACAAAAUAAAAAAAAUUCUUCCAGUAGCUCCUUAGAGACCAACUAAGUUUGUUAUAGGUAUGAGCUUUCGUGUGCAUGCACACUUCUUUAGAUACACUGAAACAGAAGUCACCAGACCCUUAUAUAUAUAACUUGUUGUCGUUCUUGGUGUAGGAGAAAAAUCGCCUAAUGGACAUGGGCCCGGAGUAUUCGGAGGAGGGUGGAGAAGACUCCUCUGAAAGUAAGCAGGGUGUCACUCAGGUAAGCCCUUUCAGGUGCUCCCUUUUGUCUCUCCAUCCACCAGUGCCCAUCUAAGACCAAAUCCUCUUCCAGAUGACCUGCUUAUUGAGUGGUCAUCCUGAUUUGUGUGCAUAAAUUUUUGUGGGGAGGUUAUAGGGUUUCUUGAGCAUUCAUUCUGAUUUAUUUUACAGGGAUGUUUUGCAACAUUACCUUGAGCAAAUGUUAUUUAUUCCCAGCCUUCUGGUGCAUUUCUUCAUCAUUUUCCUUACUGUAAAAAGUCCAGUUGUUUUUGGAAAAGGGUUUGUUUUACAAGAGCUCCAAAUCUAUUUUAAUAGUGCGACUGGUGAUGGGGUCCCACCUGCAAAUUAGUGACAGUAUGAGAGUGACCCAAGUUUCCCAUCAACCAGGAUUGUGUGGUUUUUUUGUACCCAGGUGGGUGCACAAUUCACAGGGGUGGCAGAGGGGGACCCCAGAUCUCAGCUCUAAAGUUGCUGCUGUAUAACAGGCAGAAAUUCAACAUUCCUCCAGCCUAGCAAUCCCACAUUUUAAAACAUUGCCAUUGAAGUAUUUGCGUGGCUGUUUUAAUUCCUGCUUUAAUCUGUGCAUUGUGUUAAUGUAUUUCUUUUAAUUGAUCUGAUCUUACGUUUUUAUUAUUGCUGUGUUUUAGAUUGCAUUAUAAACUACUACAGGAUGAAUAUUAUUAUUUAUUCAAAGUUACUUAUUUAUUCAUUAUCUAUCUGUGCACCCGACAUCCUCAAAGAAGCCCAGCCCUGCAAGCAACCAUGCAGUAAAACAAUGCAGCGUAAAAUAGAAUAGAAUAAAAUGGAAUAAAAUAAAAUGUAUUUAAAACAAUCUGAAAACAUUUAGAAAGGAGUGGCCUAUAAAAAACUUGGAUAAAUGAAUGGUGCAAAUCUAAGGGAGGCUGUGCCUGUUGAAUUUCUGCCUGUUGCGUACAACAGAGAAACCAGGGCAAGAGAGAAGGUGCCACUCCUAGUUAGCCCCUUUAGUGCAUGAACCAAACACAAGUGUCAUGGAGAGGGGGGCAGCCUUCUGAAAUUUAAGACCUGGUGCUCAUUUUUUUUAGUACUCCCCAAAAUGCCAUCCUUAUAUUCUUAUUCCCUGUUCAAUCUGGACUCACCAUUUCCAUGUGCUGAUCUGAUUUUCUGCAUAAAUGGUAAAUCCAUGUUAAAUGGGAAUAUACAACAGAAAGUCAUUUUGAGGAGUAUGUUGUGUGGGCACCAAGCAAACCUAUAUUCAAGGGCUAGGGGUGACCUGGAAACUACAACUAAUCUAGAAUGCGGCAGCUAGACUGGUUACUGGGAGUGGCUGCCGAGACCAUAUAACACCGGUCCAUUGGCUCCCAGUAUGUUUCUGAGCACAAUUCAAAGUGUUGGUGCUGACCUUUAAAGCCCUAAACAGCCUCAGCCCAGUAUACCCGAAGGAGCAUCUCCACCCCCAUCAAACAGCCCGGACACUGAGGUCCAGCUCCGAGGGCCUUCUGGCGGUUCCCUCCCUGUGAGAAGUGAGGUUACAGGGAACCAGGCAGAGGGCCUUCUCGGUAGUGGCCCUGUGGAACGCACCUCCCAUCAGAUGUCAAAAAGAUAAACAACUACCUGACUUUUAGAAGAGAUCUGAAGGCAGCCCUGUUUAGGGAAGUUUAACCAGGUUAAAUUUGUGCGAGUCAACUCGGCCUCUCCAAUCUUGCAGGGGAGGAGGGCAGGGGAGUCAUGUAAACUACCGUGUAUGCUGCCAGACCACAUGUGAAAAGCUUGCUGGGACUGUGCUGAAAAAUCUCACACCUUUUUGAUUGGUUCUGGUAGUAAAAGCAACAGAGGAUUGAUUUAGUAUUGCAGGGUUGUUGUUUUUUUUUGGGGGGGGGGAGAGAAACACCGCUUCCAUCCUUUUAUCUGUGUCUGUCUCUCCUUGCAGCUCACUUUCACCCAAAAGACGGACCGGAAGGUCAUUGUGUUGGGUUCCGACCAAUCAGACUCCUCCUCCUGUGUCUUCUCCGUCCGCAGUUCUGUCAAGGUCUGUCUUGUCCUGUUGGUCUGUGUUGAUUUUCAGUGUCUUCCUUUUAUGUGUACAGACGUGAUUCUGCAGCUGCGCUUCCCCCACCCACCCAACCUAGUGCCCUCUGGGUGUUAGCAGACUACAACUCCCAAACAUCCAUAGGGCACCAGGUUAUGUGAGGUGUUUGCUAUAGCUCCUUUGGAUCUGCAUUGUCCUUGAUGGGAGAGGAUGGGGCAUCUGCAUCUUUUCCGGGUGCUUUGGAUCAUGGACCAGCAGUAGAGGCAGCAGAUAUCCAAUGGCUUUACUGCUGCAGUGGAGGUCUGUUAGGGCAAAUGGGACACAUUCAGCAAUCUCAGCCUGCCCUCAUCCAAUCCUCACAUACCUGCCUUCUGACCCUGGCUGUGGUUCCACUUCCUGUUGCCCUCCUGCCCUACCAGUUCCAAUGGGCACCAGCCACCACUGCAAGGUAGAUUCUGGAACAAAGAUGGCGUGUUGGCAUAAGAACACAAGUAGAACCGGCUGGAUCCAGCCCACCUUCCUGUUCUUGCAAUGGAACAAAACCUGCAAACAGGAACCGAGCGCAAGAGCACUCUCCCCUCCUGUGGUUUCCAGCUGCUGAUGUUCAGAAACAUUACUGUCUCCGACUGUGGGGGUAGUGCAUAGUCAUAGUGGCUAGUAGACAUGGCAGUGACUCAUGGGGCAAAAGGACAGAGACUUGUGAAUAUGAGAUUGCCCUUUGCUAGGGGAAUAAAGAAGGCUGAUCGCCGAAGAAUUGAUGCUUUUGAAUUAUGCUGCUGGAGGAGAUUCUUGAGAGUCCCAUGGACUGCAAGAAGAUCAAACCUCUCCAUUCUGAAGGAAAUCAGCCCUGAGUGCUCACUGGAAGGACAGAUUGUGAAGCUGAGGCUCCAAUACUUUGGCCACCUCAUGAGAAGAGAAGACUCCCUGGAAAAGACCCUGAUGUUGGGAAAGAUGGAGGGCACAAGGAGAAGGGGACGACAGAGGACGAGAUGGUUGGAUAGUGUUCGCGAAGCUACCAUCAUGAGUUUGACCAAACUGCGGGAGGCAGUGGAAGACAGAAGUGCUUGGCGUGCUCUGGUCCAUGGGGUCACGAAGAGGCGGAAACGACUAAACGACUAAAUAACAACAAGGGGAAUAUUUGGGCUGAGCCUUGCAAGGUAGUAGCAGGUGAACCAGGAGCCAUGAGAUCAGUCAGUCAGUCACGACUAAAGAGCAAAUCGCAGCCAGAGGGCGAACCAGAGUCAGGUGUGAGGAGCAAGCUAGGAUCAACAAAUAACCCAUAAUUCAGGAAUAUGCUAUUGCUCGGGCCCUGAGGAACUCUUGUUGCGAGUCUCAGCUGGCAAAGGAAACUCUCUCCCUGGCCAGAGGAAUUCAGUGGUCAACCAGGGUAGGUGGAGUCAAAACUUGAAGGCAUCUUCACCGCAAAGCUGUUCCCUGGGGUUUUAAUGGAUCAUUCUAUGGGGGAACUUCACACACAAAGCUGCAGCACCUCCCUCUGGCAAGGAAUCGUUAACCAAACAACGAGAAAAAUAGAAACAAGGGGUUCUUUUCAAAGCAGUGAUUUUUGAAGGCCCUGCCUUGGGGAAACAAUUUGUAAACAUUGGUUUAUCUGCUGUGGAAGCCCCUGCACACUGUAAAGGAUUUGGAGCAAGGGCACCCAGUGGGGUAGGAGAGCUGAAAAUAAUGCCAAUAUAUUUCACAUCUGGCAUCCAAUGUGCCCCCUUAGUUUCAAGUAGUAUGUGGGCAGACAAAUUUUAAAAGCCCAGGGCACAAAUUUUCUUGGCCUUCUAGCAGCUGUUGUGCCUCAUUUAGCAGAAGUGAUUACUUGAUUCUGACCAAACCAAGCCUCCUGAUGCACAGUAUAUUUUGCUCUAAAUCCUUCCAUUGAAGGAACAAGUUAAGUUAGUUGUCGCUUGUGAGGUUCUAGAUGGCUAGUGUGGCUAAUAGACCCUUCUUCCAUGUUGUUGAAUCAUUCCCUCUAUUUCUGGCACUCAAGAGGUAAGUUCUGUUGCUUAUGUGUGAUGGAUUUUACUGGAUGUAAUUCUCAUAAAGCUGCCUAAGAAAUGACCAGACAAACAGACAAAAACCUGGCUCUUUUCAAAGCAUGAGGGGAGAAGUGGAGUGGGAGCUCCGACCCUAAUUCUUACCUUCCUGUUUUCUCUGCCCAGGGAUCAAUUGGAUUGCAGAGGACCGCAAGUCUCCCCCGUAGGAGAGGAGAACGCCUCACGGCCAGGACUGCACAGCGCCCCCUCUCUAUGCAUGGUAUGGAUUAUUAUUAUUAAUUACCUACCCUUCACCCUAAGGUUCUAGGGUGGGUUACAACAAUCAAAGAAGGAGGUGGUCUUUCAGGUAUUUGGGGCCUAAGUCAAUUACAGCUUUAAACAUGAAUGUGAGCAUCUUGGAUUGGGCCCAGAAAUGAGCUAGCAACCAGUUAUUUGGAGUGGGCAGAAAGCAUGAGACAAGGAAAAGGGGAAAAUUCAAGGAAUACUAUUUUUGGAGGUGGGUGGGUAAGGUUCAUAUACAUGACAUUUUGGUUGCAGAGGUUGUUGUUAUCACGUUAGCACAAAACUGACUUCUAUCCAAUGAAACGAAAAGUACAACACCAAUUCCAGUAAACAGUGAAUGUUAUCCACCUUACCCAUUGAUGUGAAAAGCCACUUUCUCCUCCAAAAAGUAUGGGCCAGCGGUAAACUCACCUUUGCAAUCUCUUAAGACAGCUUUCCCCAACCUGGUGCCCGCCAGGCAUUUUAGAAUACAACUCCCAUUAGCCACAGCCAUCAUGACCCUUGGUAGGGAUGAUGGGAAUUGUAGUCCAAAACAACCUGAAGCCAUGAUUUUUCCAGGGGGAGUCAACUCUUAGCCUUUAGUCAGCCAUUCUUUCACUGAUGGCAUGGUUUGAACUUCAUGGUGGCUGGCAAACAAACAAACAAACCACACCUAAGCAGCGAACCAAGAGGUUUGAAAUAAGAUGUUUUACAGGAACUCGGUCUCUUUUAUCUAAAUGGUGCGGCAGGGAAACAAAUGGACCUGUUAUUUGUUUAGUACAUUUAUACUCCACUGUUCCUCCAAGCAGCUCAAUGUGGUGUGCGCAUGGUUCUCCCCUGUGAGGUAGGUCAGGUUGAGAGAUAGUGACUGGUCCAAGGCUCUCCAGGGAGCAUCCUGGCUGGGUGGGGAUUUGAACCCUAUGUUGUGGCCAAUUAUAUCCAAAAUUAGGAUUUCCAGAGGGGGAGGGGUUGGGGAGUUAUUGGGCCAUAGCUCAGAGAGAGAGAGAGCAUCCACCCUGCAUGCAGAAUUUCCCAGGUUCAAGUCGUUGCCAAUCAGUGUGCUGAGCUAGAGGACCAACGGUCCGUUUCACUGUCUUCUGAUGAGGACCAUGUGCCCUGUGUCUUUUGGGAGAUGCUGAACCAAUCACUUUCCUUGGAUUUCCUCCUCUCUCCCUCCAGGUGCUCUGGAUCCCAGCAUGCUGGCAGCACAGCUCUCAGGUGGGGGCAACAGGCCCUACCUAGGCAGCCCAAACCUGCAAUAUUCACGACUCAACAACCCCCUCUACCAGCUGCUGGCCGGCCAAGGAGCUGUGGGGCAGCUAGGAGGGUCCAGCCAAGGAGCCUAUAGGUGAGCACAUCCAUUUUUUCUUAAUCUCAGCCUGUCCCAACAAACACCUCCCCAGUUGACAGCUGCAGUUUCCUUGGCAUGCAGGCCUUCUCCACUCGGCAGGCGCCAUUCCAUUAGUACAUUAAACCAUGGGAGUCCACAUGAGGCAGUGAUGGCCCCAGACUUAGAUGGCUUUAAAAGAGGAUUGAAUAAAUUUGUGGAGAAUGUCAGUGGCUAUGUUCUUUUUAAAAAAUAUUUUUUAUUAAAUUUUCUGUUUUACAAUUUAGAAUAUUCAUUUAAACAACCUUAAAAUAUCAAUGACUUCCUUUCUUCUUUUUCUAUGGUUCAUUUUGCAUAACAUAAAUCCCUGCAUAUUUUACAUAAACCUAACCUUUCAGUAUUCCAUUAUUACAUCCAUAUUUAAACUGUAGAAUUUAUCUUAAUGCUGCCAACAUUUUCAAGUGUAUACAAUUCCCCCCCAAUAUAUUCAAUAAGCAUUUUCCAAUCUUCUUUAAACGUAUGUUCUUUUUGUUCUCUUAUUCUAUUUGUUAGGUCUGCAAGCUGUGCAUAUUCCAUCAGUUUAAGUUGCCAUUCUUCUUUAGUUGGGACCUCGCUCGUUUUCCACUUGGGGGCUGACAAAAUAUGGGCUGCAGUGGUGGCAUACAUAAAUAACUUUUUUGGACACCUGGGAAAUUCCGUCUGAAUUAUCCCCAAUGAAAAGGACACUGGGGUUGUUGUUGUUUUUUUUGGAAAAGUGCUUUUCAACAUUUUUUUUCAAUUAAUUAUGAAUUAUUUCCCAAUCCUCUUUUACCCUUUUACAGGUCCAACACAUAUGAAAGAACGUACCCUUAACCUCAUUGCAUCUCCAACACUUAAUCUGAUUCAGUCUUACACAUCUUAGCAAGUCUACUUGGCUUGAUCAGUGAAUAUGUUCUUCCCUCCAUCCUUUGAGGCAGUAUGCCUCUAAUACCAAUUGUUGAGAAUCGCAGGAGGGGAAAGAGCUGUCACACUCAUGUCCUGCUUGUGGGUUUCUCCUUUGGUUGGUCACUGUGAGGACAGGAUGCUGGACUAGACGGUCCUUUGACCAGAUCCAGCAGGAGUCAUGAGAUCUCCCACUUUCCCUCCUGCGGAAGAGAGAGAGAGGUGGAGAGAGGCACUGUGUCUCUUGAAAUACUUAGAACUGUGUGUGGCCCUCCAGAUGUUGAUGCACCACCGCAGGGCAGCCAAUGUGGUCCCCUCCAGAUGUUUCUGACUACAGCUACAACAUUGGCCGUGCUCUCUAGGGCUCAUGGGAAUUGUAGUCUAGCGACAUCUGGAGGGACUAAGCAUGUCAGCCAGUCCUGAACUACAGGCUCAGGCCAACACCCUUAUAACUGCUUGUCCACUUUCCCUAUCACUAACCAGAAAUGUCUCCCGACAGCCUUGGGAACUGUGUCACCCAGUUGGCCGAGAUGGAACGGAGGGUGCGGGAGGCCAUGGCCGAGAGAGAGCGGCUGCUGCAGGAAAGGGUGAGAAGUCAGAUCAACGAAUUCCAGGCCAAGAUUGUUGGCCUUCCUCUGGUUUCAGAAUAAUCCCUGAUAUUUGGGGUGGGUGGGAAGAUGUCAUCCAUGUAUACAUACCACAAGUCUCUCCAGCUAUCCAAACACAAACACAAACAUAAACACACACACACACAUUCCCCAAUGUGUAAGAGCAUGAGGACCAAGCUAAACAUUAUGUGCUUUGCCUGCAUUUUUCUCUAAUGUAAAAAGAGCUUGGGGGUGAGACAGAAUUUGGUAGGGGCCAAGGCCCAAUUUGGUGGGGUGGGUGGGUUAAUAAACUGACAUGCAUACUCAGGUCCAGGAAAUCUACUGGACCUGAUUCCCCUAUUAGCAGCAUUAUGGGGUUCCGUCGCACAAUAUCACCCAUAUACUCUUUGCAUAUGAGGCCAUAAAUGCUAAAGCACCUAAAUGCAAUUCAGAGUUGUACAGUGGCAGAGCAUCAGGCCAGGGUUGGGGAGAUCAGGGUUCAAAUCCUCACAUAGCCAUGAAGCUCAGGGGGAAUCAGACUGCUCAACUACCACUAGAUCUGGGUAUGCUAAUGGGUGUUGAAGUUGGGAACAGUAGAAGGUAGCAGUUUUCCUUCCGACCUGUCUCUGUCGCAAGGGACGGCCUUUCUGUUCUGCUGCAGUUCGGUUUCCGCCAGAUGUGGCUCUCAUAGCCUGCUGUUUCAUGUAAUCUGGGGAAUUAUUUAUGCUACGCUACGCAACUUUACAAAUUUAAAAUAAUUAAUGAUGUAAUGCUUUCUCUGCUAUUCGUUUCAAUGUAGAGGAAAUCAUAGAAUUGCAGAGUUGCGGAAGGGACUGCCAAGGGACAUCUAGCCCAACCCCCUGGAACGCAGGAAUGUCAAAACAUUGUUUAAAAAAUGACCAGGAGUUGCAUAUUGGUUGCUAUUCAUUAGAUAAUUAAUGAAUGAAUAGGCCUGUUAGCCACUUGUUACCGGAAGGGCUCCAAGCAACUUGCGGCACAUUAAAAAAGAAGAAGAAUAGGACUAUAAAUAUAUUGUGCCAUGAAAACAAAACAAACAUAACACAAAACUCCCCAGUAACAGCUGCAGGAAGCCUUGGCGAUAGACCGUCAAGUCCAGAAUCUAACAUUAAAUAACAACAUCAUUGCUCUGCUCAACUCCCUUUUCUUUGCUUGAGACGGAACACCGCAACAUCUUGUUAGUAGCGAGGUCUAGCCGGUGGGCAGGCGGUCGGGGAAAGCGAACAUAAAUCAGAGUAACCUCAGUUGCCUGCCAUGUGCCUCCGAGGACAAGGAAGUUGCAGGUUUCACUAUGUCAGCUCUCUGCUCACGGAGAGAGAGCGUGAGGGGAGGAGUCUGGGAAUCCGUUUGGUUUUUAUCUUUUGCGGUUUGGGGUUGUGUGCAUGUGCCCGUGUGAUGUUUGUCUUUUUUGGGGUAUGCCUGUGGCUGCUGGCGCUUCGCUGCCUAUCACCCGCUCAACACUCUUUCCUUGCAGGAGGCCAAGAAAGCAGCCGAGGAGGCAAAACGCAUGGAGGUGCCCCCGUCCACCAAGGUAGGAGAACUUAUGCAAAAUCAAAAACGAGCUUUUAUGAUCCCUUUCGUCUUUGGAUCCCCACGGGAAAGUGGCUUGAGCUCAAACGGGCUUUGCCAGGACUAAGCCUGGAGCCUGUUGCAAAUUUGCUUCUGGUAUGCAUCUUGUAAACUGGGAAGGACUUUGAGCAUGCACAGAGCGCAUUCCGGACAGCCACUGUACACAUCAAGGGGAUGGGGAAAUGAUUCAAGAAUAAUAAUACCUUUAUUGUCAAUGUAGGACCUGUGUACAAUGAAAUUAAUCAAGCCUUCCCCUCCCCGCCAAACACUCAAUCUCAUUUCACUCUGUGUGCUUGUCGCACAACAAUUCAGCUUUUUGAUCAGAGGAGGUAGCUUCUGUGAACAUGUGAGCAAGCCCGUGCUUCUUCCUAAGAGCUGAGUCAAACCAAAGGCUGAUCUGCUCUUUGGCAUUCUGUUUCCUUCAGUGCCCAAGCAGGCGCUUACGGGAAACUCACAAGGAGGACAGGAGUGUAAAUAACACACUUUCAUUCUUGCUGCCUUGCAGCUGGUCUUCAGAGCCAAGCUGGAGUUAGCAAAUAGAGAUCAUGGGAUCGUAGCCAUUGAUAGCCUUAGCUUACGUCAGGAGUUCCCAAACUGUGGUCCGUGGACCGUGAGUGGCCCACAAGCAUCCUUCAAGUGGUCCGUGGCAUGCCCUCAUUAAAUGCUCACGUUGAUUUUUCAUUUCUUACAUUGUAUUUCAUGGCACUGCAAUUUGAAUUCUGUAGCAGACACUUUAUUUUAUUUUUAAAAAAUCUCUUAAUUGGCUUUUUAUUUAAGUAGCUCCUGUCCAGAGGUUUAGAUAAGAGUCUGUUUCCCAGUCCUGCUUGAAGAUGCCAGAAGCGGAGAUAUUUUAAUUAAGGAUGUUUUAAUGCCCCAAUAGAACUAUGACUAUGUAUUUUAAUUAUUUAUUGAUUUUAUAGAAUAAUAAUAAUAAUAAUAAUAAUAAUAAUAGUUGCCCCAGCCAUUCUGGGUGGCUUCCAACAUAUAUAAAAACAUAAUAAAACUAUAAAAUGCUUCCCUAAACCAGGUUGUCUCCAGAUGUCUUCUAAUGUUUAUGGAGUUAAAUAUGACUUCGAAGCCAUUUGGCAUGUAAGCAGUAUGUAAAUCAAUAAAUAAUAAUAAUAACAAUAGUAAUUAUAUUGCUCCCUUUGUUUAUUUUAUUGUAUUACAAUUUGAAUUCUGUUAUGCAGCACAUAGUUAACCUGGGGAACUCUCUUCCACAGGAGGCAGUGAUGACCACCAACUUGGAUGGCUUUAAAAGAGAAUUAUACAAAUUCUUGAAAGAGAAGGCUAUCAAUGGCUGCUAGCCAUGAUGGCUGUGCUCUGCCUCCCUAGUUGGAGACAGUAAUGCUUCUGAAAAUAAUAACAAUAACAAUAAUAGUAAUAAUAAUAAUAAUAAUUUAUUAUUUAUACCCCACCCAUCUGUCUGGGUUUCCCCAGUCACUCUGGGCGGCUUCCAACAAAAUAUUGAAAUACAGUGGUCUGUUAAACAUUAAAAGCUUCCCUAAACAGGGCUGCCUUCAGAUGUCUUCUCAAAGUCUGGUAGUUGUUUCUCUCUUUGACAUCUGGUGGGAGGGCGUUCCGCAGGGCGGGUGCCACUAUCGAGAAGGCCCUCUGCCUGGUUCCCUGUAACUUGGCUUCUCGCAGCAAGGGAACCACCAGAUGCUAGAAGGGAGAGUGCUCUUUUCCUUUGGUCCAGUUUCCAGGUCUGUCACAGGCAUCUGGUUGGCUGCUGUGAGAACAGGAUGCUGGACUAGAUGGGCCUGAUCCAGCAGCCAAGCUCUUCUUAUGCUCGUUCAUUGUUAAGUACGUAUCUCUGAUUUGAAAGGUACUAUCAAUCAAGGUAGGCGAUGCUAGGUCAGGUGGGCUAACUCCAAAAGAAAGCUGGUGAUUAUAUCUGUAAUGUUUCACUUAACGCCAGAAUUUCAUACCCAAAGUAACAUCCCCAUUCCGCACCAGAAAUGCCAUUUGCAUAUAGGAAGUGGGGAGAGAUGUGUUGUACAAGGCAGUCAAGCUUCAAAUGCAAAUUCUGCUCAGCUCCCACCCACUAGCCUGAGAACAUGAGGCUUCAUUAUAAGAUUGCAAGAACAGCUCUGCCAAAAGUCCAUCUAGCCGUUUUCCCACAGUGACCAGAUCUGAUACUUACAGUAAGGUGGUGUGCUAGAUUUGAAGACAACAGUCCUCUCCUGUUCUUUUUGUCCCAGUGUCGCUGGUAUAACUCCCUGCUGGUCUGCCGGGUAACUGUUGGCUUUCAUGUAGUAUACAAAGCAGCUCUAGACAUUCAACCUUCGCUCACAUGCAUUUCAAGUUUCCCUUUGCCUCCAUAAGGACUAGAAACUUGCUUUGGCAAAAGCAUAAAGCCAAGAACCUUAGGAAACUGAAUUCUGUGUCCAGUUUGGCUUCUUGUUCUUACAUGGUGCAGUCGCAGAGUACAGGCUGCUCUGAACGUGCCCCUUUCCCCCAAAAACCCACUUCCAAAUUUAACCCUUGCCGUGCUUGCUGUCCUGCAGGAUCCUAACCCAGCCGAGAUCCAGGAGCAAAAACCAGCCACAUUUGACCUGCGCAAACACCUGGAGGCAUCGGGGCACAGCGUAGACACCUGCUCCCAGGUGCGGGUGACUAACAAGUCUUGCAAAGGCUACCUGGUCAAGAUGGGUGGCAGGAUCAAGACCUGGAAGAAGCGGUGGUUCACCUUUGACCGUCAGAAACGUGUCCUGGCUUACUAUGCAGGUGAGAAGGAGAGUCCACAACCGACCGCCAUGUAAAAAAUGCAAGGGAAGCAUUGCUGGAUCAUGCCAGAAGCCCACCUAGAUCAGCAUCCUGUUCUCACAGUGGCCUGAUCCAACAGGCUGGUCCUGUGAGGUUGCUCCCACUUUUUAUGGCUUUGGUGGGGUGGGGUAGAAGAAAGGCUUUCUCACCUGGGAGCAAAACUCCCAAACAUGCAUGCUGUUGCGAAUCUAGCAGUUCGAAAGCAUGUCAAAGUGCAAGUAGAUAAAUAGGUACCACCCCGGCGGGAAGGUAAACGGCGUUUCCGUGCGCUGCUCUGGUUUGCCAGAAGCGGCUUAGUCAUGCUGGCCACAUGACCCAGACAAACGCCGGCUCCCUUGGCCUAUAGAGCGAGAUGAGCGUGCAACCCCAGAGUCGUCCGUGACUGGACCUAACGAUCGGGGGUCCCUUUACCUUUAUUUCAUUUGCAUGCAGAGGUUUAAAAGACUCAAUAAACACACAAGACGUAACCGGCUGUACUUUUGAAUGAAUAAGGUAUACUAUUCAUUGCAUCAAAUUGUAGAUUUCAACGGAAGUCUCAUAAAGUUCAACGAAAAAAGCAGAAGAGCUUUUGUUACAGUUCCACAGAAUCCUUUCACAGAGUCUAAGGCAAGGAUUUCCGGAAUAUUAGCGUUGUUUCACCAUCCAUCAGUAGAACAGAGCCAGUGUGGUGUAGUGGUUAAGAGCGGUAGUCUCGUAAUCUGGGGAACCGGGUUCGCGUCUCCGCUCCUCCACAUGCAGCUGCGGGGUGACCUUGGGCUAGUCACACUUCUUUGAAGUCUCUCAGCCCCACUCACCUCACAGAGUGUUUGUUGUGGGGGAGGAAGGGAAAGGAGAAUGUUAGCCGCUUUGAGACUCCUUAAAGGGAGUGAAAGGCGGGAUAUCAAAUCCAAACUCUUCUUCUUCUUCUUCAUAUGUAACCACUACUAUACUAUAAGAUCCACUAUCCUGUAAUAUUGCCCUUCAUGUGGAUUAUUGGACUCUAUGAACUGGGGACGCGGGUGGCGCUGUGGGUAAAACCUCAGCCCCUAGGACUUGCCGAUCGUAUGGUCGGCAGUUCGAAUCCCCACGGCGGAGUGAGCAGCUGUUGUUCGGUCCCAGCUCCUGCCCACCUAGCAGUUCGAAAGCACUCUUAAGUGCAAGUAGAUAAAUAGGUACCACUUUCUAGCGGGAAGGUAAACGGCUUUUCCGUGUGCUGCGCUGGUGCUGGCUCACCAGCUGCAGAUUCGUCACGCUGGCCACCUGACCCGGAAGUGUCUUCGGACGGCGCCGGCUCACGGCCUCUAGAGCGAGAUGAGCACGCAACCCUAGAGUCGGACACGACUGGCCCGUAUGGGCAGGGGUACCUUUACCUUUACCUUAUGAACAGACAGGUGGAAUAGACACUUAUACCUGUAUGGACCUUAUGCAUGAACUGACUAGAGAAUGAACUGAUCCACUGGGUCUUCUGCUUUUUUUUUGUUGAACUUUAUGAGACUUCCGUUGAAAUGAAUAGUUUACCUUAUUUAUUCCAAAGUACAGCCGGUUACAUCUUGUGUGUUUACUAAGUAUGUUUCAUGUAAUCAUAGGUUUGUUGUUGAGAUUUAAAAGACUGGCACCUUUAGAGGAUGGGGUAAUUUGGGGUUUUGAUUACAGUAGGGUGAGCCUGCUUAUCCCCCAAUUAGCUACUUGGGGGGGGGUGCUCAUCUGUUAUCGGAACCUGCUGCUCGUGAUGGCUCUUGGCUCCCCCAGUUCUGAAAGCUAUGUACUGUUGGAGUACAGUUGCUCUGCCUGCAGAAGGUCCUUGGUUGAACUCCUCCCUGGCUUCUCCAGUCAAAGGGGUCUCAGGCAGCAGAAAUAGGAAAGAGAGCUGUUGCCAGCCAGUGCAGCAAGUUUAAGACUCAAUGGGCAGACUUAGAGCCAAACUGCAUGUGGCGUUAAUCAUACGAGCAGCCUUUUCUUCUUUCAGAAAUUGACAGUGCAUGGCUCCAAUCUGGAUCAGGACCUUGGGGUGGGCUUUACCCCUUUGACUCUGCCACAGCACUGAUCCAGAUCCUGCGCAAUUUGUGUUGCAGGGUGGGGUGGGGUGGCAGAAGCAUCCAUUUAUUGCAACAAAGCACCUUCCUUUGAUCUCGAAAGUCUGUCCACAGCAUUAAUCUCCCCAUGCCUAUUGAAGCUCAAACCGCUGGUAUGUGUAGAACAUACAAAUCAAGUCUGUUUGCAUAUUUCUUAUUUGGAUGUGAGAAUUUGCAUAUAAGUAUAAAAAAUGAAAAUCAUCAUCAUCCAUGGGGAAAGCAAGUUGCUAACAAAAAUGAAAUCUACUGGAAAGCAUAUUCAUCUCCCUCUCAGGCUCUUAAAUUUCACCAGGCUUCCUCUCUUAAGCCAUAGCCAUUCACUUGUUUCACAUCCAUAAGGACUAGAAACUCUCUUUAAAAUAAAAAAAUAAAAAUGAAGACAUUAAAGUUUUGCAGUCUGCAACCCAGUACUAUUUUCCCUAAGGAAUUGCAGCUGGCACCCAAUCCUGGAAUGUCUGAUAUUCCCUUAGAGAAUGCCUCUAUGCUUGUGUUGUGGAGGGGUCAAUGUGAUACGCCUGAGAAAUUCAUGCCUAUCCUCUGUUUGGUAUUUCCCCUGCCGCUCUCAGCUUCCUAAUGUGCCCCUCUGCUUCUUUCUCAUUGCAGACAAAGAGGAGACCAAGCUUAAAGGCGUCAUUUACUUCCAGGCCAUCGAAGAGGUGUACUACGACCACCUCCGCAGUGCUUUCAAGGUACCCCAAAGCACAGACCCCCCCCUUAAAACUCUCUUUGCCGUGAAAUCCCCUGAUGCAGAGCAUAGUUGGAACUAGUUGCCACAGGAAGCAGCAAUAGCCACCAGCUCCGAUGGCUUUAAAAGGGGAUUAGACAAAUUCGUGGAAGAGAGGGCUAUCGAUGGCUUUACUAGCCAUUUGGAGGCAGUAACACUUCUGGAAACAGCAGGAGGGGAGAGUGUUUUUGUGCUUUGGGGAAUCUGGCUGGCCCCUGUGAGAACAGGAUGCCAGACCACAUGGGCUAAUGGUUCUUAUGUUACUAAGUUCCAUCACAGGCAAAAUUCUGUGGCCCAUAUGCCAGUGUUGGGCAGGACCAGGGGGGCAAAAGUGUGUGGAGCCGCAGGUGUGACCCUUAACCUUUGCAUACAGUAGCCGGUGGCCUCUCUCCAUUCAAGCAAAUGGCCGGUGGCCUCUCUCUAUUCAGGCAAAUGACGGCCAAAAGCAUGUCAGGAAGUUUCGGAGCAUUGAGGAGUGUAGAUCUGGGGGUGAAGGUUUGUAAACUGGGAAGAGUUGUCCUUUGCCACCCUAGGUUCCUUUGGGCAGGAUAAUAAACAAAUAACCAAACAAAUGGACACAUUCCAGCUAAGCAAAAACCACCCGAGGACAGUGUGAAGCAGGGCAAAUGGGGGUGAGGGUGACCUAGGGAGAAUCCCGGGGUGAAAUAAGAGAGGCUAGGUGAGCCACCUUCAGUUCUCUGCCCCUUAUCUACCCCAGUGUAAUCUGGAGUAGGCUAAAUUUAUCAUUAUGGGGAAGGAUAGCUACAGUAAAGAUGACUGUGCUACCGAAAAUGUUGUUUCUUUUUCAAACAAUCCCAGUAAUAAGUGGACUAAAUUGCUUUAAAGAAUGGCAGAGAGAUUUGGCAAGAUUUAUAUGGCAGGGCCAAAAACCAAGGAUAAUAACGGAUAACGGAAAUAAAAGAAAGAGGAGGGUUUGCACUACCAGACCUCAAAUUGUAUUAUGAGGCAACAUGCCUAGUAUGGUUUAAAGAGUGGAUGAUAUUAACAAAUUCAAAUAUAUUAGAUCCAUUUUUUUUAUGGAGUCUACAGAAAUUGGGUUUGUGCAAUGCAUCUGCUCUAACCACUGAGAUGUGGUUGCUUUGCAAAGCUGCUCUGCUGUAAUUGAGCCUAGCGCUACCCCACAAAAUGGCAAUGAGGAUAAAAUGAAAGUGGGGGUAGGGAGGUGUUGAAAGAGACCACAUGCCCUGCCUUGAGGUCCUUGGAGGAGGAAGGGUUGGAUUUCGAAAAAGCGCAUCAUGAGAAAGUUUUGUGUUUCCAUUGUUCUUUCGACUCUCCUCUCUGCCAGAGCCCCAGCCCCAAGAUGACCUUCUGCGUCAAGACUUACGACCGCCUUUUCUGCAUGGUGGCACCCAGCCCGGAGGCGAUGCGUAUCUGGAUGGAUGCGAUUGUCACAGCGGCAGAGGAGAACGUUCGCUACUGAUGGGCUGCGAUUGCUGUGGACACGUGGCUCCCCAUGCUUGACUAUGGGGCCUGACACUUCUUUCCAAGGAGGACUCCUCUGCUGUAAAAUAUGGCUCCUCCCCAAUACAGAGACUGAUAGCAAGACAGGAGAGGCCAAGUGUUUUCAUGUUCGGUCAGAAGGCUGUGUGGCCUAUCUGAUCUUUGGAACAACAGGGUGGAAUCCAAGUACCUUAUAACAGGGUAAUCAGUCAAUAAGAAUGGUUGGCUGUGCCUGUUUUGUUCAUACAAAUUGCCUGAAUACUGUUGUUUGUUUUUUAAUGGACCAGCUCAAAAGAGAGUUCUGAGUAUCCCCUCUAUCAGAAAAGACUUAGGACAAUGUCUUGGCAGAUGGAAACUCUUCUAUAAAUAAAAGUGACUUCCAUUCCGAAGGAUAAAAACCAACUUCUCUGGAACUUGUAGCUCCUGCCGAACAAAGCGAAUCAUCUGGACUUCAUGUGGAUUUUAUGAGUUGGCUGGACGUUCCAUGAGUCACAAGUAGACUCCUGCUGGUUUUGUAGAAGUCAUGGCUUGCACUAGCCCCAACCAGCUGAGAUUUGGUUCUGGUUGUAACCCUUAGGAGUACAUCUUAUUUCCAUCAUUGCUACUUGUUUAGACUCGCUCAACCAUGUGGCUUUUCCACCCCUCCCCAGUAGUGUUUUUGUCACACUACGUUCACGUGGGUUUGACUGGAUUGUGGAAGAGGUUCUUAAUAUGUGUGUUUGGGGGUUAAAACUCUGCUGCACCCCCUAUGCGGAAAAGCAAGGCAUCGUGCCCACGCUGUAUAGACCUCCUAGUAUUUAUUGUGUGCUUCGGUCUUUCUUUCUUUUGUUGGAAUACCUGGGACACUGCUUAAAGGGGCAACCAUGUAUAAAACUCUGGGCUAUUUAUUAUGUCAACCUUUAAAGUGGAAACAGAUCUGAA